CAGGAUGGAGCUGUACUGUCAGCUAGAGAGAGGAGGGGACUGCUGCCCUGCUAUAUAAAGACAUGAAGCCCAUCUCCUAGAUGUCACAGUGCCGCCUCUCCCCCAUUGAGAUUCCCAUACUGUCCCACACUGUGCCCUCCUCAUCUCUUCCAAUCACUCUGGUCUGUGGGUCCCAGAGAAUUUCCCUGGUGGUCGCCCAUCUUUAUCUCUCUCCCUCUGGACUGAGGGCUCCCACGCUCCACCUGGCCUCCCAUACAAUCACGCUGAUCUGAAGGCACCUACCGGCCUGCAGCUUUUCAUUCGUUGACGCUUUUCUUGGGACCCGGCUCAAGAUGCCAGAGCCCACAAAAAAAGAUGAGACACCCAAUGGUGAAAAAGAGAGUGUUGCCCCAGACAGUAGUGAGGCGCCAAUGCCCACACCUGAGAUAUCCCUCGAGGUCUCACCUCCACCCCCAGAACAACCGGUAGAGACUGAGGGGAAGGAUCCACAGCCCAUAGAGGUGAUUAAGCCUGUACAGCCAGAACCAGUAGAGAAUGGGUCUAAAGAACCAGAACCAGAGGCGGUUGUGGUCGGGGCUAAAGAGCAAGUCGAGUCUGUGAACUCUGAAGUAAAGGAGGAGGCCCCGUCCCCUUGCUCACCCCCACUGCCUGCAACCGUGAAGGAGGAAGCAGAGCCAGUUGUUACGGAGGUUAACCAACCGCCAGAGCCUGUUGUUACAGUGGUUACCCCACCACCACCACCACCUCCAGAACCAGUUGUUACGGAUGUUACCCAACCGCCAGAGCCUGUUGUUACAGUGGUUACCCCACCACCACCACCACCACCACCACCACAUCCAGAACCAGUUGUUACGGAGGUUACCCAACUGCCAGAGCCUGUUGUUACAGUGGUUACCCCACCACCACCACAUCCAGAACCAGUUGUUACAAAGGUUACCCAACUGCCAGAGCCUGUUGUUACAGUGGUUACCCCACCACCACAACCAGUUGUUACAUUGGUUACCCCACCACCACCCCCACCUCCAGAACCAGUUGUUACGGUGCAGGUUACCCCACCCCCACCUCCAGCAGGUCUGGAAGAGUGUGUGUGUCUGUGCAAAUGCACGAACAUGUGUAUGUGCAUAUGCAAGAACGUGUGUGUGUAUAUAGAUAAAGAUGAUGACGCUACAACCAACACCCCAUCACCACCGCCCCCACCAGAGGAUGCCAAUACAGCCAAGAAACUGUCUAUUGAGCUGCCUAAUGAUAGCGUCCAUGUGUCAGCCAUGGGGAGAAAAGACUCAGUGUGGUCUCUGGGAGAGGGACAGGCUCCAGAGGACCUUGACAAGCCCGUAGACACCCCACCGCUGUCCAGCCUGCUCAUAGAAAGACCCCAGGGCGGAUCCAUCACUGUGGGUGGAGACAUCUCCUUUGUUGCCAAGGUGGAGGCCCAAGACCUGCUCCGUAAACCCACCAUCAAGUGGUUCAAAGGGAAAUGGAUGGACCUGGCCAGCAAGACCGGAAAGCACUUGCAACUGAAAGAAACCUUUGACCGACGCACCAAGAUUCACACAUUUGAGAUGCAUAUCAUCAAGGCCAAAGACAACUAUGCUGGAAACUACAGGUGUGAGGUCACCUACAAGGACAAAUUUGACAGCUGCUCUUUUGACCUGGAAGUGAAAGAACUGGAACAGUCACAGAGUGUUGAUAUUCGAUCAGCCUUCAAAAGAAGCAGUGAAGGACACGAGGAUGCAGGGGAUCUUGACUUUAGUGGUCUUCUUAAACAUAGGGAGCCCAAGCAGGAUGAGACCCCCGAAGUGGACGUGUGGGAGAUCCUGAAGUCGGCCAGGCCAGACCAGUACGAGAAGAUCGCCUUUGAGUAUGGCAUAACAGACCUGAGGGGUCUGCUCAAGAGGUUGAAGAAGACCAAGAAAGAGGAGAAGAAGAGUGAAGCGUUUGCCAAGAAGUUGGAUCCAGCAUACCAGGCUGACAAAGGAGGGAAGAUCCGCUUAGUGGUGGAUCUUGCAGACCCCACAGUAGAGCUGAAAUGGUACAAGAACGGCCAGGAGAUCCGUCCAACUCCAAAGUUUAUCUUUGAGCAAAAGGGCACACAGCGGAUCCUGGUCAUCAACAACUGCGGCCUGAAUGAUGAUGCUGCUUAUUCCGUAGCUGCGGGAGAAGAGAAAUGCACCACAGAGCUGUUUGUCAAAGAGUUACCAGUGAAGAUUACUAAAGGGAUUGAGGCGGUGAAAACGACAGUGAACGAGAGGAUUGAGUUGGAGUGUGAAGUGUCUGAAGAAGGAGCUCAAGUUAAAUGGUGUAAGAAUGGCGUGGAGGUACCGACCGGGCCCCGGUCACGCUACCGUGUCAAGUCUGACGGGCUGAAACACUGGCUAAUCAUUGACGAUGCCUCAAAGGAGGACACUGGAACAUUCUCCCUAAUGGCCUCUGGGGGCACCUCUGAAGCCAAAGUCCAGGUUGAAUUGAAGCCACUGAAGAUUAUUCAGGAUUUGCAGGACAUGACAGUGCUUUUGGGCCAGCCACUGAAGAUGCACUGUGAGAUUUUCCCUGGGAAUGUUCCAGGUCGCUGGUACAGGAACGGACAGUUGAUCCAGUCCAACGACCGCAUCAACAUCCUGCAAAGAGCCAAGAACCACCGAUUAGAAAUUGUGAACAGCACCCUUCACGAUGCCGGGGAUUAUACCUUUGUGCCAGAGGGAUACUCUCAGAGCCUCUGUGCCAAAAUUCAUAUCGUUGAUCCUCCCAGGGUGCACCUGGAGAGCUUGAACUUCCCUGACAACACAGUGACCAUUGUGGCAGGAAAUAAACUCCGUGUGGAGAUCCCCAUCAGUGGAGAACCAGCACCCAGAGUGGUGUGGAUGAAGGGAGAGAGGGUAAUCCUUGACUCUGGCCACCGUGUGCGAGCUGAAACCUUUCCGGAUCACACCAGUCUUACCAUCGACAUCGCAGAGAAGGAAGACACAGGAAACUACAAGAUAGUCCUGCAGAAUGAGGCUGGGGAAGCAGGGGCUAGUGUCAAAGUCAAGGUGGUGGAUAUACCAGACCCUCCUGAAGUUCCCCUAGUCACGGAGGUGGGAGGAGACUGGUGCUCUAUGACAUGGGAACCCCCGAUCUAUGACGGAGGCUCACCCAUCUUAGGCUAUUUCAUCGAAAGGAAGAAGAAGCAGAGUUCCAGAUGGAUGAGGCUGAACUUUGACCUGAACAAAGAGACCACAUUUGAGCCUAAAAAGAUGAUUGAGGGUGUCCCAUACGAGGUGCGCGUCUUUGCUGUGAAUGCCAUCGGUGUGUCCAAACCCAGCGAGCCAUCCAAAGCCUUUGUGCCCCUGGCUGUGACCAGCGAGCCCACCAUGCUGGUGGUGGAUGAUGUCACAGACACCACGGUGACCAUGAAGUGGCGUCCCCCAGACACCAUUGGAGCUGCAGGCUUAGACGGCUACCUGGUGGAGUAUUGCAUCGAAGGAACUGAUGACUGGAGAGUAACCAAUAAGGAGCUGACAGAGAAGACUAAGUACACCAUCACUGGCCUCCCUCCAGAGGCUAAGAUCCUGGUAAGGGUAAGGGCCAUCAAUGCUGCCGGCGCCAGCACUCCCAGAACACUUCAGCACUCUAUCCUGGUCAAAGAGGUCAUCGAACCACCUAAGAUCCGCAUCCCCCGUCACUUGAAGCAGACGUACACUCGUAAGGUCGGAGAAGCCGUCAAUCUCGUUAUUCCAUUCAUGGGAAAGCCCAGGCCAAAGGUGAGCUGGCUGAAGGAGGGUCAGACGGUGGACCCCACGCAGGUCACUAUACGCAACACAGACUGUGACAGCAUCAUCUUCAUCCGCAAAGCAGAGAGGAAGCACUCUGGGAUGUACGAUAUGAAGGUGGAGGUGGAGAACCACGUGGACACGGCCAUCGUAGACAUCCAGAUAGUAGACCUCCCAGGGCCUCCACAGUGUGUGAAGAUAGAUGAGGUCUGGGGGGGAAACGUGGCUCUGGACUGGACCCCUCCAAAGGACAAUGGCAACGCCGCCAUUACAGGCUACACCAUCCAGAAAGCAGACAAGAAGACCAUGGAGUGGUACACGUGUAUUGAGCACUACCACCGCACCUGCAUCACCAUCACCGAGCUGGUGGUGGGGAACGAGUACUACUUCAGAAUCUACUCUGAGAACAUGGUGGGCCUGAGCGAGGGUGCCACCCAGACCAAGGACAGCGCCCUCAUUGUUAAAGAAGGCAUGCAACUGAAGAACCCAGAGUACAUCGACCACGACUUCAAAGAGCCUCCCAAGUUCACCCAGCCCCUAAUCAACACCUUUGCCAUCGCUGGUUACAAUGCCACCCUCAACUGCAGCGUCCGUGCCAACCCACGGCCCAAAGUGAUUUGGAUGAAGAAUAAGAUAGCCAUCAUUGACGACCCGCGCUACCGCAUGUUUAGCAACCAAGGGGUCUGCACCCUGGAGAUCCGGAAACCCAGUCCCUACGACGGGGGCAUGUACUCCUGCAAGGCCAUUAAUGACCUGGGUGAUGCCCUAGUGGAGUGUAAGCUGGAAGUUAAAGUCCCCACUCAGGAUUAGUGAAUGUAUGUUCUCAUCCAAGGGGGCUUUACCUUCUCUGAGCUCAUGCAGCGUGGAGUGCCUUUACACCUGAUCGAUAAGUACAUGAGCGAGACCAAGGCCGUGGAGCAGCCAGAGAAGUAGUCGGACUGAGCAACCGCUGAUACGCCUAGGCUGCCCGGAACCUGUCGUCACACCACUAGUGAUCUGUCUCUCACCAGCAGUGAGGGGGAGGGAGGGUUGUACUGUGUGCGGGUAUGGAGCUAGUUACCAAAGAAGAAGCCAAUUCAUCACCAGCUUUGUGUCAUCUCCUACUAUUCAAAAGGCUCUGUUUAAGCUCAGUUGCAUGUUGGCAGUGUUUUGGCUGUAGCUUUUUAUUUUAGAUGAGUAGUGCGGGAAUGUAUGGUAGGACGAACUGUAAUUUCCACCUAUGUGAACAUGUUUUGUCUCUGUUGGGAUGGGAACUGUGUUUGGGGGAGGGGGCGAAUGUUGAAAUGUAUAAAUAAUAUGGCUUGAUGUCUGUAAUGCAAUGUAUUGUGAUUAAAGAUUUAACUUCCGAAGAUACAAAUAUUAAAACAUUUCUGAUCAGGUGAUUUGCAAUGAGAAUUUACAUGAUUUCAUCAGUCCCUUUAAAAUGCUUCACAUUAAGAUUUUCUGAUUUCAUUUUAUGUUCUUGGAGUAUGAAAAGUAUAGUUGUCUGACUAAUGUUGAGAUUUGGGCUUUCAAACAGACCAUUAUCCAUCUUUUUGUUUAAGCUUUACACUGCAUGACACAUUGUGCUUUCUGUGCUCAUACUGUACUUCAGGCUUGGGUGUAUUCUUAGCCGUCAGGCCAUCUGCUUAUGUUUUAAUCUUCAAUUUGUAAUGUAUGACUCCUAGAAUAAAAUAAAAACAUGUAACAUAU